AUGGAGAUCGUAAUUAAGGAGUCCCUUAUUUUACUUGGAAUAAAAGGAUAGAUGUAAAAAAGUGAUUUAGUCGAGAAGCUGGAGAAGAAUGAUUGUCUUCCAGGGUUCGAACCUGAGGUAUUAUUUGAAAAGUUGUAAAGUGUAUAAGGAAUUUAAAUUGCUAAUGAUAAAAUAUCGUAUAAGAAGCUAUCUAACAGAUUGCAUUUAUAUAUUGAAGAUAAAAGUGAGGAUAAAAAGUAUUUAAAAGUAAUGGAUGACAUUUAUUAAAUAAUCUUGAAGGAUAAGGAGGGAUUGAGUUAUCAAUAGAUUCAAUAAAAAUUACCAAAAUCAGGGAAGUUAUUGGAGUUAAAUCAAAUAUCUCAUUAUUGUAGAAAGUUGUAUGAUUUGAAUUUAGUGCAUAUCUCAUGCAAGAGCCAUUGUAAAUAGGUAAAGGCGAGAAAAUUUUGUGAAUUUCUGAAAUGGAAAGGAUUUGAAAAUGAAGAGGAGGAAAAGAAUUUCGAAUAAUAGCAAAAUCAUUAUAAGGAAUUCAAUUUCUAUUAAAACCUUUGGCUUAACUUAUAAGAACCAUUACUUGAAUCGGAAGUGAGAUAAAGAAUGAAUAAAUGUGAAGAAAGCAAAUCCUUUUCGAGGUUGAUUGACAAUUUAUUUAAAGUGGAACAAGAUCUCAAUUAAGUAGCAGAGAGAAGAGGCAAAAUAUUUAUGUAUAGAUACAAAGCAAAAGAGCCAAUAAAGAAAUGGCCAUACGUUUCAACAAAUUAAAAGGUGUCCAUUAGAGGUACUUUGGUUGUAAACUUUGAUACUUCAGUCUUAUCAGAUUUACAAAGAUUGCUUAAUCAGAAAGAGUAUGUAGUGGAGUAGGAUAACUAUAAGAUUGGAGAAUGUUUAAAUAAUGUGAAUAAUAGCUAAUUGGACAUUAAUAAUGAUAAGAAGUAGAAAGGAUAGAGGAAAAUAUAAGUGUCUUAAUAGAAAAUAAACAGAUUUGCUUGUAUUUGCAAUUAUUUACACAGUAAAAAAAUAGCGACUGUCAAAGAAUUGAAGGAUUAAAUAAUUGAUAGUGAGAGGGAUGAAAACAAUGGUAUAAUUGAUACUAGAACAAUACAUUCAUUAUUAAAGACUUUAAAAACAAUAGAUUUUUUGAAUAUUCAUAUCAUAAAGACAGUCAUAGUCUAGAGAGAAUGUGAGCGAUGGCUUAUAUCUCAUUGGAGUGUUAAUGAAUCGGAUGUGAUUGUGCAGUAGGGAUUACUCAAGUUGGGGGAACCGUAGAAUGAUAAGCCAUUUAAAUCAAUUUAACAAAAAUAAAAUGAUUACGUUGAAAGCCAAAGUCAAAUUAAAAAAAAAAUUAAAACAAAAGGGAAUUAAUAGUAAUAAUAGCCAGUUCCUAUUGAGGGAGAAGACCAAUUAGAAGGCGAUGAUAGUGAUAUUUAUUAAAGUGAAGAAAAUAAAGGUGAAUAUGAAAAGAUCAAUGCUUAGGAAUAUAAAAUUAAAUAAGCAGUAGGAUUACUCCUUUCAGCUAUUCACAAGAUAAAUAAGAAGGUAAUGAAAAAAGUGAUCAAGAAAUUGAAACCUAAUUAUGAUGUUAGGAUUGCUAAUGAAAUCUUUUAGAGAGUCAAUCUGUAAGAAAGUUCUAUUGGAGCAUUGCUAGGUUUAGAAUAAAAAGUCUAUAAUUAACAGUAAUGUUCUAAGUCAUUUUCACAAUUGGAUGAAUGGGAAAUAGAUACAAGGUAAUUAAACCCAUUAACAUAUAUCUAAUACACAAAUUUAAGUGAUUAAUUAACUCCAAUAGAAUAUAAACAUAAUAAAUAAUUCAAAAAAAAUAAUGCAAAUUAUGAAUCCUAAAAGAAUGCUGCAGAAAAAUUAAAGAACUACUUAUUAAGAUAUCCAAAUCAAAGUUUAGGUAAGCUAAUGCAUAUUUUUCCCAAUAUCAAUAUUUAUGCCUUGCUUAAAAAAAUGCUAUUGGAUAAUACUAUUGAAAUUAAAAUCCUAACUAAUAAGAAUCAGGAUCUAGAUUAGGCUUUGAAUUAAUAUACGAUAGAUUAGAUAAAAUAUAGGAUAACAGAAAAUUAUUUAGGGUAUUUUUGA